AUGUAUCCACAAGCAUCUGAUUUCAUUCAAAACUAUACUGUGAUGAUCGAUGAUGAUCUCUUCGAUGUUCCUCGCUAUAUUAGCACACAAGAGCUUACUGAUGAAUGUGCCUUAUUUAAUCAUUCAUGUGAACCAAAUUGUGAUUUUGAUGGAUCGAAUAAUGGCUGGGCAGUUAGAGCUCGACGUGACAUCAAUGUCGGAGAAGAACUGACCAUGCACUAUGGUAGCUUCGAAACCGAAGACAGUCUAAUGGCAGGUGCUCAAUGCAUGUGUGGUGCUAGCACUUGUGCAGGUCAACUUCGAUUUGAUUUUUGGCGCAAUGAUGAAUGGCAACGCAAAUUUGAACAUGUGGCGAGUCCAUUAAUUCAAAAAAAGAUUCGGGAAUUGCGCACAGCAUCAUUGAAUCAAAAUAAUUCUGAUUAA